GGCUCUCUUUGUGCCGCACUCUUUUGUUUGUUCGACCUGUGCGUCUUGCGGCGGUCGCCGCAUUCUUUCUCUACCGAUUCUCCGCACGGCGCGAUCGAUCCAAUCGCUAGGUCCGAGGAAUCGAGCAAUCCAAUCGAGGGAUCGAGCGAAGAUUAUGAGGGCGUGGCUACAUUCCCAGGGCAAAGAUUGGUGAGUAGCGGAGCAUGCUACCAUGGGGCGGCAUCACAAUGUGCCUGAGCGGUGUGGCGCUCUAUUUUCUCAGCCGCAACAGCGGCAGAGACGCUGCCACGCUGAAAGCGGUCAGAAGGGUCGAUCAAUUGAAAGACUUAGCACAUUUGCUCGACUCGGCUUGCAAAGCUGUGCCGCUGGUCGUCACUGUCGCGGGUCGUGUUGGCUCGGAGACGCCGAUCGGCUGCGACCAUAGCAGCUUGAGGUGUGUCAUUUUGGAAGAAACGGCAGAGCAGCAUUUUUUGAAGCACAAUGACACCGGCUCCUGGAUUCAAGACUCGGCUCUCAUGCUUUCAAACAACAAGGAGGUUCCUUGGUUCUUGGAGGAUGCCAGUGGCCGAGUCUUCAUUGUUGGAGCACGGGGAGCUGCUGGCCUGGAACUCACGAUCGCUAGUGAGGUUUUUGAAGAGUCCGGUCGGUCCCUCGUUCGGGGAACUUUGGAUUAUCUGCAAGGUCUCAAGAUGCUCGGAGUGAAGCGUGUGGAGAGGGUUCUACCGACUGGAACUGCUCUUACAGUUGUUGGAGAAGCAAUCAAAGACGAUCAAGGAACGCUGAGAAUCCAGAGGCCACAUAAAGGACCAUUUUACGUUACUCCAAAAAGCAUCGAUCAGCUGAUCGCGAAUCUGGGAAAGUGGUCAAGAUGGUACAAGUACAUGUCUUUGGGCUUCACUUUAUUCGGUGUUUUCCUUGUGGCCUCACAUACCAUCAGAUAUGUCAUGGAGAAGCGGAGAAGAGCGGCCUUGAACAGAAGAGUAAUGGAAGCUGCUGCACGAAGGCGUGAACGGAAAGAGCACGAAGAAGUUGGCGAGUUUGCCAAGGUGGAAACCGCAACAAAACGAGACGGGCGCCUACCCGACCUAUGCGUGAUUUGUCUGGAGCAAGAAUACAACGCUGUCUUUGUCCCAUGCGGUCACAUGUGUUGUUGCAUAUCCUGCUCCGCUCAGCUGCAAAAUUGCCCAUUGUGUCGGCGUCGGAUCGAGCAGAUUGUGAAGACUUACAGGCAUUAGAGUUUGGUGCGCUCGAACGCGAAAGAAGAACGGAAACGAAGGCGAAAAAAAACGAGUUUUUUCUAUGGUUUGAUUUGGAGCUUUUGUGUACAUACAAACGCCAGUUUGGUUUGAAUGUGGAGCGUAAGAUUCACGUGUGUGA